UCGGUUCCGAGUUACCUGACUCCUUCGUGUGUUAGCAGCAGCCAAGCUAUGUCUCAUAAUUUGUUGUUUUUACUCGUGAUAUGUUGUCUAUGCUGGACUAUAGAUGCUGAAAUAAAUAAAGAUGAAAAUUCAAGGGAAAUUGCUGCAAAUAACGGUAAUGUUUCUAUAGGGCGAAGAGUUACAGCUCUGCCAAAAUUUGUUGUUCGAAUGAUUAUGAGAUUAGUAAAGAAUAUUUUCCAACAUUUGAAGAGCAUAUUGCAGCGAUUUGAGAAGUAUGCAAUAUCGAUACUAAGCGAUGCUCUGGGUUUUCUAGCAAGAAGUGAUAAUACUGCAAUUACUCGUAGACGUAGAAGUCCUUGGAUAGGUAGUUCAAAGCAAAAUGAAAAACAAAAUGGCGGAGUAAUAUCAAAAAUUUCAAAUCUAUUCAUGGCGCCAUUCAAAUUAGCAUUUGGUUCAGUUAAGUGGGUGCCGGGAACAAUUAUUGAUAAAUCAACUAAGCUCGGCGUCGCAGUGGCUGGUGACGUAUUGGUCAGUCCCAUGUUUCAAUCUAUGUCUCACGCAGCUGUAGCAACUGCCGAGAAGGUUGCCGAAGAAACGUGGAACUUUGCAAAAGUUAGUAUAUUUCCAAGAAUGGACAAAUGGGUGACAAGUAUGAAAGAAUCGCAUUCAUUACCGGACAGACUUUUAACGAUUCUCACUGAAAUGCAAACUGUAUAUCAUCUCUACAAAUUUUUAGGACUAGCUUAAUGCUUUCAAGUUUUUCAUUAUUAGGUGAAAAAAAUCUAUAAAACCUUCUAUGUUCUGAUUGUAAUAAAGAAACUUCCAAAGCAAA